AUGCAGUUAUUUUAAUUUUUCAAAUUAUAUUGUGAAAACAUUGUAUUUGAUGAUUAUAUUACGUUUAUUUGGAUUUUAAUUACGGCGAAGUUACGUAUAUAUAUCAUCACAUGAUGCAACAUAAUGUGUCAGCUCAGUCGCGCAGGUGUAUGAAUAACCUCGAUUAUAUAACCUCAAAGUCUAUACAUGCUUUAAUGAAAUAUUAUUUAUUCUUUAUUUACAUUGAGUAAAAAAAAUAACUCUUGUAAGUUUUUGAUAAUGUCACGAGUAUGGUCUUCGGAUUUAAUUGGUGUGUUGCGUGGAGCUCAAUCUGUUGGCAGCGCAAUAUUAAAACAUCAAGAAGAAUCUAUUAAUCGAGUUAUUACUAAUUCAAGUUUACAAACAACUUUAAAUAGUUUGAAAAACGUUUCAAACAAAAUAUGUGAAGUGGACCCAAGUAAGCUCUCUAAAAAUGUACCUCUGGAAGUUAGAGAUACAAUUGAACGUUUGUGUGUUGUUGAAAAGGGUAUUAGUGAGUAUUCUAAAUAUAGAGCAACAGAAGUUUUAGGAAUGGCUAAUAAUGCUAAUUAUGAUUAUAAGCAUGCUGAUACAAAAUUGUAUGUAUAUGAUCAAGCUAAAGAUCCAAAAGAGAUUCCCAUCCAGGUAGCUGAAAAACAAAAUGUUGAAACAACAAAUGGUGAGAUAAUUCCCAAGAAAUAUGCAAGUGUGAAAGAAAAAAUAGACAUGAUAGCUAAAUCUGGUAAAGAAGUUCCUACGAUAGAGCUUUCUAAUAAAGAUAAGAUGAUAUUGCAAAAGCUGGAAUUAGAGCAUGAAAAAAAAAUUCAAACGCUUUACAAGAACGCACAGGAUUUCAAAGACAAUGAAGUGGCACACAUACAAACGGAUAAUAAAUCUGAGAACUUACAAGUUUCAAAAUCUGAAGAAUCAAAAUCUAAACCAGCUAUUAGACCACGACAAACGCUUUCAGCAAAUGCCAAAGAAAGAAAGGUUCCAUCAACACGUCUGCAAAGAAUGAUAAGUUUUGGGACGCUUGGUGUAGGACUUGGAAUUGGUACUUUAGCAGAAUACACACGGAGAACUCUUAAACUGAAAGAACAGAGUGUUGGACAAACCGUUGAUAGUAUGUUCCUCUCGCAAGCAAAUGCAGAACGAAUUGUUGAAACUUUAUGUAAAGUAAGAGGGGCAGCUUUAAAAAUUGGUCAAAUUUUGAGUAUUCAGGAUAAUAGCAUCAUAAGUCCCCAUUUGCAAAAAGCUUUCGAAAGAGUUCGACAAAGUGCAGACUUUAUGCCAGCUUGGCAAGUUCAGAAAGUAUUAACAAACGAACUGGGAUCUGAUUGGAGAAAAAAGUUAACAAUGUUCGAAGAGAAACCUUUUGCUGCUGCUUCUAUAGGUCAAGUACAUCUUGGUACUUUACUUGAUGGUCGAAGUGUAGCUAUAAAAAUUCAAUACCCUGGAGUAGCUUUAGGAAUUCAGAGCGAUAUAGAAAAUUUGGUUGGUGUAAUGAAGGUAUGGAAUAUUUUUCCCGAGGGAAUGUUCAUCGAUAACAUUGUUGAAGUUGCUAAAAGAGAACUGGCAUGGGAAGUAGAUUAUAUACGAGAGGCCGAAUGUACAAAAAAAUAUAGAGAGCUUAUAAAACCUUAUCCGGAAUAUUAUGCACCGCAAGUAAUAGAUGAAUUUAGUACAAAACAAGUGUUCACAACGGAACUUGUGGAUGGUACUCCAGUAGACAAAUGUGUGGAUAUGGAUAUUGAAACUCGUGAUCACAUAUGCAGACUGAUAAUGAAGUUAUGUUUAAAAGAAUUAUUUGUCUUUCGCUACAUGCAAACUGAUCCCAAUUGGUCCAAUUUCUUUUAUAAUCCUGAAACGAAGCAGUUGACCUUGUUGGAUUUUGGGGCAUGCAGAUCUUAUGAAAAAAACUUUAUGGAUCAAUACAUAGAAGUUAUAAAAGGUGCGAGUGAAAGAGAUCGUGAUAAAGUUUUAAAACUAUCUCGAAAAAUGGGAUUCUUAACAGGUUACGAAUCCAAGGUCAUGGAAGAAGCUCAUGUAAAUACUGUUAUGAUUUUGGGUCAAGUUUUCGACAAAAAUCAUGAAUAUUUCGAUUUUGGCGGGCAAAAUGUAACAAAAAGUAUUCAAAGGCUAGUUCCUACCAUAAUAAAUCACCGACUUUGUCCUCCGCCAGAAGAAAUUUACAGUCUUCAUAGAAAGUUAUCUGGAGUGUUUCUUUUAUGCGCUAAGUUAAAUGUAAAAAUCAAUUGUCGUGACAUGUUCCAAGAAAUUUACCAAAACUACAAAUUUGGUUAAGAACCAAUAUUAUACUAUUGGUAAAAGCUGAUAA